AUGAGCCAUACUAAUAAACUACCUCCAGUGCAAGUGUCGUCAAUGUGCCGUGCUCAAGGCUUAGCUAUCUCCGUUCAAGACAUCGUGAAAUCGAAGUCAAUUGCUGCUCUCGCUGCGGGAGUGUCUGUCACCAGGAACAAUGCAACCACGACAUCGCAGCCCCAGGACUACAAUCUGCCAUUCGACCUCGGCCCUAUACAAAGGUUGUUCUUCGACACUGUUGGAGACAACUACCACCACUUCAACCAGAGCUCGGUGUUUAAGCUUGCUCGGUCCUUUGAACUGAAGGAAAUCGAAGAAGCGCUUGACGCUCUGGUCAACAUCCACCCCAUGUUGCGAGCUCGUUAUUCCCAAGACGAAUCAAGAACCUGGAAGCAAAGCGUUGUAAAGUCUCCCAACCCCUUCAGGUUGCGGCAUCAUCAAGUCAAGUCUGCCAAAGAAGAGUCUAUGCGACCGAUUAUCGACGAAAGCCAAGGUACACUGGACAUUGUGAACGGUCCGACCUUUUCCGCCGACCUCUUCGACAUCGAUGACGACUUCUCCCAGGCGAUUGCGCUGGUCGCACAUCAUCUGGUAAUUGACGUCGUUUCAUGGGGUGUCAUUCUAGAGGAUCUUGAGAGCUUGCUCAAUGGCACAGCACCUCCGCCUCAGAGUCUCCCAUUCCACGCUUGGACACAACAGCAAGCCGCGCAAGCUCGUCAGGAAUCUGCUGAGAAGGUCAUGCCCUUGGCUAGCAUUCCGCCCGCCGACUUCGAUUACUGGGGUCUAGAUGCAUCGGAUAAUCUCAACGGCGAUGUUAUCAGCGAGGAGAUCGAGCUUAGUCCCAAGGACUCGAUGCUGAUUCUAGGUGCGCAUGACGCACUAGCCACCGAGCCUGUCGAUGUAUUUAUUGCAGCGCUCUUGGAGUCCUUCCGCAAGGCGUUCCCAGACCGACACACGGCGACCAUCCAUAACGAAGGUCACGGUCGUGAGCCGUUCGACUCUCAAGACCUCAGUCGAACAGUAGGAUGGUGCACUACUAUGGCGCCCAUCCAUUUACCUGUAUCUUCCGAAGACCCUACAGACAUCGUCAGCACCAUUCGAUGGGUCUCGAGCCUCCGAGAGAAGACUCCUGGGAAGGGCAGACCCUACUUUGCCUAUCGACUCCUCACUGGCGAAGGCCAGGAACGUUUCGCAUCCCACUGGCCUGCUGAGGUAACUUUCAAUUAUCUUGGAAGGAUGCAGAACAUGGAGCGCAAGGACGCCCUGCUACAGAGGAUGCCGAACAUCAUGACAACGGACAUCAGCGCAACCACUCCCCGUCUUGCAUUGUUUGAAGCCACUGCACUCGUUAGUCAAGGAACGAUCAAGCUUUCCUUUGACUUCAACCGCCGGAUGAGCCGGCAAUCGCAGAUCAAGAGCUGGAUGACUGCAUGCAGAGAAACGCUUGUCGAUGCUGUCGACCAACUUCUUCAGCUGCGCUCCGAGCCAAGCCUCGACAGCUUCAAGCUUCUUCCACUGACCUACAAUGGCAUGUCAAAGCUUUCAGCGUUGCUGCCUACAGGCACAGCUAUCGAAGACAUCGAGGACAUCUAUCCCGCUUCUCCCAUGCAACAAGGCAUGCUCCUGUCUCAGCUUAAAAAUCCCGAGCUGUACUCGUACCACUGUAUUAUGGAAGUCAAUUCGACGACUGCCGGACAGCAAAUCAAUCCACGCAAGAUUGCCGAGGCAUGGCAAAUUGUGGUACAGCGUCACCCCAUUCUACGGACUGUGUUCGUUGAGAGCAUCUCUAAAACCGGCCUAAUGGAUCAGAUCGUAUUCAAGAACAGACCUGGCAGAAUCACGUGGAUCGCAGACUGUGAUGCUGAAGAAGUGGCUCGGUUACUGCGGGAACAGCCGUUGAUCGAUUUCCGCGAAUUCAAUACUCCCCAUCGCUUCACGAUCUGCAAGACCAAGGCAGGCGAUAUCUGGGCCAAGCUGGAAAUGAGCCACGCCAUUUGUGAUGGCACCUCGAUUCCGAUCAUUCUCAACGACCUCGCACGGGCAUACGGACACAAGCUGACCAGGGCUGAUGUCGGACCAGCCUACAGCAAUUUUGUUGCUCACACUCUCACAAACAAUCGCGACGCGGAUAUAAACUUCUGGAAAGCGUAUUUGACUGGUGUGGAGCCGUGCCUCUUCCCGGUACUUCACGACGGGGUGCCCGGACCCCAUGAGAUGGGCUCAUAUGAGCUUCAUCUGCAGGAUAUUGCUCCCAUGACGGCUUUCUGCAAGAAGUUUGGUGUCACUUUGUCCAACGUACUGCAACUGGCAUGGGCUCUUACUCUGCACACCUACGUGGGCGCAUCGGAUGUGUCUUUUGGUGUUGUAGCAUCUGGUCGCGAUGUUCCGGUGAAGAACAUCGAUGAAGCUGUUGGAUGCUUCGUAAAUAUGCUCAUCUGUCGCCUCGAAUUAUCAGAUGACUCCACUGUUCAUCAGCUGCUGGAAAAGCUACAGGCCCACUCGGUCGACGCAAUGGCUCACCAGGCCUGUUCGCUCGCUGACCUUCAACACGAACUCCAGUUGUCGUCGCUUUUCAACACCGUCUUCACAUUCCAGCGCCGCCAACUUUCACGUGAUCCUACCAAAACAACACUUGCUUUCGAAAAUGUUGAAGCAGCCGAUCCGGGCGAAUUCUUGAUGACACUAAACGUAGACGUCUCAGACGAGGGAGCAACUGUCGACUUUGGCUUCUGGAAAGACAAAGUACAUCCUUCUCAAGCGCGGAACAUUGUAGACGCGUUCGGAAAGAUACUUGCUAGCAUUAUCUUGAGCAGUGACAAGGAUGUCACCGUCACCGAACUCGAUAUGUUCACGGAGAGUAGCUUGCAGCAGAUCAUGAACUGGAAUGCAGACUUGCCCUCGCCUGUACGCCGAUGUGUGCACGAAGUCAUCGAGGAGCAGGUCCUGGUUCGGCCGCGGUCCACGAAAGCGAUCGAAAGUACAGAGCUUACUGUUACCUACCAAGAGUUCGACGAGAUCACUACGCGCCUGGCACUUCAUCUGCAGACGUUCGGAGUUGGCCCCGAGACGUUCGUGCCAAUUCUCUUCGAAAAGAGCCCGUGGGCGCCAAUAGCAAUGAUCGCAAUCAUGAAGGCAGGAGGUGCCUAUGUAAGUGGACAUACCCAUUCUUCAUAG